AUGGCUGCAAAUCGACUGGACGUCGCGGCCCUUCUGGCAGUACUUUUGGCGUUGGCCUAUGCUGCUCAGCCGACUUCACUGGAUGAUAAGGUGCGCAUACAACAGAGAGUCAAAUCAUUGCAAGACUUUCUGUAUCGUCAACCUGCAGUUCGAAUGAACAUGGAUCGAUGGAAGACUUUUGUAAGACAACAGCCACGUAACUACAGCAUGAUCAUUAUGUUCACGGCAUUGUCACCUGGGGUGAAUUGUCCGAUCUGCAAACCUGCCUAUGACGAGUUUAUGAUCUUGGCAAAUUCUUACCGAUAUGCUCACUCUGAAUUGAAACAGGUGUACUUUGGAGUUGUGGAUUAUGAGGAAGCCCCACAGAUCUUCCAAGCGAUGAACCUGAACACAGCACCGAUCAUGUACCACUUUGGACCAAAGCUACAAGGCAAGAAAAAGCCUGAUCAGAUGGAUUUCCAGCGACAUGGAUUUGAUGCGGAGGCAAUGGCGCGCUUUGUUGCAGAAUAUACGGAUGUACAGAUUCGUAUUUUGCGGCCACCCAACUAUGCUGCUCCGGUGGUGAUUGUUCUCCUGCUUGCACUCGUUCUCGGCCUUCUUUACAUGAAGAGGAAUAAUCUCGAGUUCUUGUACAAUCGCACCAGUUGGGGUCUAGUGUGCCUUUGCAUCACAUUUGUGUUCCUUUCUGGCCAAAUGUGGAACCAUAUUCGUGGCCCACCUUUUAUAAUGAAUAAUCCACAAACACGAGAAGCCAGUUUUAUCCAUGGCUCCACUCAAUAUCAGCUUGUUGCUGAGACAUACAUCGUUGGUGCCCUGUAUGCUGCCAUUACAUUCGGCUUUAUCUUGCUCAACGAAGCCGCGAGCCCUAGCGUUGAAGUUGUGGAAAAGAAGAAGUCAUCUAGCUCGAAGCCCUUCUUUGGAAUAAAUAACAACAUGCUUGCCUACAUUGGUCUUGGUCUUGUGGUGAUUUUCUUCUCGCUUCUGCUGUCAAUCUUCCGCAGCAAAUAUCGUGGCUAUCCUUACAGCUUCCUAUUCAGUUAA